CAGAGCACGACUUUCUCAGCCAGGCGCAGGAUGAUUGAACUUCAUUUCACGGUGGUUCCUUCUAACUUUUCUUCUUCACAUCUUCCUUCUCCACCAUGGAACUCCAAUGGCAUCAUACCUGCAGUGGUGCUGUCCCUCUGCUUCUUUUUGGGAGUACCUGGAAACAUCGCUGUAAUUCUUCUCAAGCCUAACUGGAAGAAUAUGUCAAGCUUGAGCCAGAGUUUGAUGCUGAACCUGGCCAUUUCUGACCUUCUCUGCCUGCUGACCCUUCCACUUUGGAUUUACACUUUACUCCACAGUUGGACAUUCGGCAUGGGGACCUGUAAGCUUCUAUCAGGCAUUGUGUAUUGCAGUGUUCAAGGCAGCCAGAUGACAGUGUUUGCAAUGAGCAUCCAGCGCUAUGUUGUUGUGGUCCACUGUAAGAGCUGCAAACAGGUACGGAAAGGUGUGCUGCUGGGUCUAAUCUGGCUGGUUGCUGUCAUCCUGUCCAUCCCUACUUUGGUGCUUCGACAGCUGAAAAAAGAACAGGAAUGGACACAUUGCCAACUAAAAUAUUCUUCUGAUGCCCAAAAAGUAGCAGUGCUGCUGACAGAGGCCACAGUGGGGCUUGCUUGCAUAUCUCUAGUGGCAUUUUCAUAUAUAAAUGUUCACAGGAAGGUUAGUCACGGAGCCUUUUUUAACAAUCGACAAACAACCCGACUGAUUACCAGUAUCACCGUCUGUUUUUGUGCCCUGUGGGUUCCAUAUCAUAUCACAAAUGUGCUGGGUGUAGCUGCUGUUUGUCUCAAGAAUGACUUCCUGUUAAAAUUUUGUGAAAUCACAUGGAACAUUACUGGAGCUCUAUCAUUUGUAAAUAGUUGCAUCAAUCCAUUCCUUUAUACCUUUACCUCUAAAAAACAUUUCAUUGUUUGCUUUAAAAAGGAGCCACUGCAGCUGGAUUCCAGAAAUCACCAAACACCAGAUAUACUUACAAUCUCUGAGCCUUGAAUUAAAAAGACUUUUUUUGUUUCUCUGUUGGUUUAAAACUGAAAUGUGAGACGGAGAGACAGCUGUAUAAGAAUUACAACUGAAUAUCUGCAGUAUAAACGUUUGACUAUUUUUGACAAAAAUAAAGGGAGUGAAAAAGAACAAUUAGGAUGUAAGAAUACAUAGUCCCUUAUAUGUUAUAUAUGCUAAUGUGUUUUUCUUGGUUGCAAUACAUUUAUUUUCUAUCAAUUUAGGCAAAAGGACAGUUCAUGAGAAAUACAGUUGAGCUGGACUCCAUCAAUCUGUCUCUACUGUUAAGCACCAGAUUUAGUGACAGAGUGUGCUGCAUUAUCACCAGGUUUCUGAGCCAUAUAUGUGUCUGUCCAUUCUGUAUUGUUUGUAAUUCCAACAUAAUUUUAUGCUUUUUAGCUGUUAAAUGUUUUUUUUUUAAAACAUUGUAUUUUUUGGGAUUUGUCUUUUCUUAAAUAGAACUUGAAUUGAAGAUGUGUAUUUAACCCAUGUGACUUUUAAAAAUGUACGCUUAGUUAUUUAGUAAUCAACAAGUUUGAUUCACAAAUGCAAAAUAAAUGCAAUGGUUUGUUUUUAUUCCUCAAGCUCUGUGAACAGCUGUGUAAAAAUUGAAUUUUUAUGUAAUACACUCUGGACAACUCUGUUAAUAAAACAAGUCUAUCCAAA